CAGCCAAAUAAAUCUUAAUCGAGCGCCGUGAUAGUUUUCCUUAUUUAUUAGAUUUUCUCCAAUUUCCCUUUCAAUUUUCCAACCAAAAUAUGUGAAACUAAACUAUUAAAAAAACAAGCCUAACGUGAAGAUGAAAAAUAUAACAUCCAAUUCAUAAAUAAAACCCGCAAGCAGACGAAUUUUCUUGGGCGUACUCCGCGAGACGCGACACUCAAAAAAAAUAUAUUUCAGCAGCCAUGAAAAUGUAAACAUUUGUCGGAUUAACCCUCCUCUUAGUAUGUCCCAGCUGCCUCUCAUCCGCAUCCAAUAAAUUAAAUAGCCAAACGGAAUAAAGGCUAAUGUGAAUAUUGAAAGUUCUUUCAAAGUUCAAAGCAAGAAAAUGCCUUUAUUUGGUAAAAAUUUAAUCAAAUUUACAGACAGUGGCUAUUAAAUUGUCGAAGGUAUCGAUAGAUGAAGCUCUAGGUACGGCAGUUGGUGUGGUGUGGUGUGUGGAUGUGAAUAAAAAUUAAAAGAAAACAUGGAAAUGUGUGCAAAUAUUGGUGCCGGGGGUGGUGGUGUGGGAAGUGGGAAUGGAAAAGUUAACAAUCCACCCAAAUGCAUGGUCAUAAGUAAUCUAAGCAGUGGAGAUCACAAUCAAGAGGUUUUCAAAAAUUUCAAAGACCAUGGUUACAUUUUCGGAAGCACCUCACCUCGUGGGAUGUCUACAUCGGAUUAUAUGGGAGGUGGGGGUGUUGUGGCAGACAGCAGAGGCUUUCUUCAGAAGGAUAACAAUGAAAGCGACAACAAUAUCAGCUCUUGUUCAACUUUAGACAUUGUCAAUAAGGUGGAGAACUUAUCUAUUCUUGAGCUGGAAACACAACUUAAAGAACUGUCACAAAAGCUGCAAAAAUCAGAAAAGUGCCGUGAUGAUUAUAAACGAAAAUUGGACGAAGCCACCGAGGACAAGGAACGAUGCUAUCGGCGACUGGAAGUGAUAAGUGCCGCCCACGAAAGUCGCAUAACUGAAAUGCACUGUGUGAUCGCAGAACUGAGUAAAAAAUUGAGAGCAAAGCAGGAAAACACAAUUAUGGAAGAGAAUGAGCCUGAUGGCAGUGAAAUAAGUUAUCAAGAGGGUUCUGUCUACAAUUCGGAACUGAAUCUCACCAAUCCCGAUGCGGAAUGUCAAACGGAUCCACUCGAUGCCGAGUACUCAAUUGAUGAGGAUCAAAAAAUACUAAACGAUGCAGUUGCAAAGACUCAACUUGAAGAUCUCCAAGAAGAAGUUCUUCAUUUGAAAGCCCAAAUUGCACUGCUUCAAUCACAAAUCGCCAAUCCUCCUCAAAGUAAUACAUUGGUGCACGGGGAUCCAGAACUCGAUGACAACCAGGACGGUUUUGUGUCCUACAACAAUGAACAUGACAAAGCAUCAGAUGAUAAUUUUAAACGCCGGAGCAUAAAGAAGUUAAACACAAGCAUCUAUGAUAAUGAGUUUUAUAAGACUGAAGAUGAUGAGAACGACUACCACUCGAAGGACAUGCUUGCCGCUAUUAAUAAUUUACACUCAAAAGAACUGUAUAUGGAAUCGCUUGAUGAUCGAAAUUUGUGCUUGGGAAAGAGCAGUUCUAAUACAAAAUAUGUCCCCGCUAAUAAUGCCUUUGUAGAAAGAGAAAAAUACCAACGUCAAAUAAAAAACACAAGCAGUGAUGCUCCAAUACCUAAAAUGGCAGAACGUGUAAAACUGCGCAAAACAAACGAUGAUCAGAAUAUAACAGCAACUGAUUUCAUUAAAACUGGGAUUAACAACACUGAAAUAGUGGAGCACUUAGUAUCGGAUUUGAUUCAAAGCAACAACAUGAUGGACAGUUUCAUCGAAGCCUCGCAACUUGACACUGAAUUUCAAAGACUGCAGCGGAGAAUAGAACAUUUGAAAGUUAGGAACUCCGUAUUGGCAUUGACCCUGGAAGAAUGCAAGGAACACUGUGAUCAUCUAUAUCUUCUUUGUGGGAAAUAUGAGUCGAAUGCGAUAGCUUUACAGUCAGCAGUGAAUUGUAGUGAUCGUGCCAUUGAAGCCUAUGAUGUUAUGUUGGCACUGCUUGAGAGCAAGAUGGCUCUACUCAAAGAAAGUUCCACUGCAGCAGAGGACAGUAGAAGAUCUGUAGAAGCAGUUGCAAGACACUUACUAGACCGCCUUGAAAGUGAGAAAAACCUCUGCGAAAACAGCUUAGGUCCAUGGCAAAAUACAUUUUGUAUAUCUGAUAAACCGUUUGAACCCUGGACACCAGAUGACGAUAACCGCCUUAGAAACCACGUUUCCAAAUUGAAAGGCCGUCGGUCGACGGUUCAAAACACCAUAGUUAACUUGGAAUCACCAUUUAGCACAUUCUACGAAAAAUCACGCAUGGCUUUGGAAAGCAGCAAAGAAGUUAAACAAGAAAAAGGCACUCAGCUGGAUCUGGAGAUGGCCGUACUCAUGCAAGAGAUGCUAAAUUUACGCGAAGAAAAUAUCGGACUAAAACAAAGGCGUGAUGAAGCGGAUCGUGAACGACAGACGGCUUUGGAGAAAAUAUGUGUCUUGCAAGAAGCCUUUCAGCAGCUACAAACCCAGCUAUCCGACUCUGAUGCUCUGUUUAAUCUACAUGCAGCAGACAGAUCGUCCUUUUCCGAGGCUGAUCAUGCAGCUCUGACCGAACGCCAACUAGUUGAAGCCCUCACCCGAGAGUCCGAACUCAAAAUAAGAAUACAGUCACUGUUAGGUUCGGUCUCUGCAACACAAAAGAACUCCGAUGAGAAGUACGAACAAGUACAAAACAACAUUAAGGAAUUGCAAAAAAUGAACUUGAAUCUAUCACACUCCUUGGAACAAACAAAAAGAAAGUACCAAUUGAAAAUACGCAAACUAGAACAGAAAAUUCUCGAAAUGAGCAUCGAAUUGGGACAAAACCAGCGAAUGAUUACACACGACAAUGUUCCUGAGACGACCUUGUAGGCGCUGCCUUAACCCAUAUCCAAAGAUUUAAAUAUUCUUAAUUGCUUUUUUGUGUGUGUUUUCUAAACAAAACAAAAACAAAAUACAAGUUACAUGCAUUUCUAACGUGUUAAGUUCACUAAUAUGGCCUAUAAAUAAAAAUAUUUUAAAAUUAUAAUAAUAAUCAUGCGCAUGAUGCAAAUGAAUGAGCAAAUGAAUAGAGUACGCUUUUUUCUAUUUCAAAUAGAAAACCAAAUCACAUCUUUAAAACAGCAAAUAAUUAUUAAAAUAUUUAGUAUAUAGUAGUUAUGUAAUGAGAUUUUUUCUUGGCGCUAAGCUUUAGAAAUAAGAAAUUAAGAUUCGUAUAUAUUAUUAUAAAAACUAAAAACAAA